AUGCCUGAUUUAUAUUCAGCCUCAGUCAAACCUGCAGGGGGAAGGAGAGGGGUCAAUCAGGAGGGGGAAGGGGUCAAUCAGGAGGGGGAAGGGGUCAAUCAGGAGGGGAAAGGGGUCAAUCAGGAGGGGGAAGGGGUCAAUCAGGAGGGGAAAGGGGUCAAUCAGGAGGGGAAAGGGGUCAAUCAGGAGGGGGAAGGGUUCAAUCAGGAGGGGGAAGGGGUCAAUCAGGAGGGGGAAGGGGUCAAUCAGGAAAACUUACCCAGCGAGAAGGAGGAGGAGGAGAAGGAGGAGGAGAAGGAGAAGGAGAAGGAGAAGGAGGAGGAGGAGAAGGAGGAGGAGGAGAAGGAGGGGGAGAAGGAGAAGGAGAAGGAGAAGGAGGAGAAGAAGGAAAAGGAGAAGGAGAAGGAGAAGGACAAGGACAAGGAGAAGGAGAAGGAGAAGGAGAAGGAGAAGGAGAAGGAGAAGGAGAAGGAGAAGGAGAAGGAGGAGGAGAAUGGGGAGAAUGAGGAGGAGAAGGAGGAGGAGACGGAGUAAGAUAAGGAGAAGGAGAAGGAGAAGGAGAAGGAGAAGGAGAAGGAGAAGGAGAAGGAGGCGGAGGAGGAGGAGGAGGAGGAGGAGGAGGAGGAGGAGAAGGAGAAGGAGAAGGAGAAGGAGAAGGAGGAGGAGAAGGAGGAGAAGGAGAAGGAGAAGGAGAAGGAGGAGGAGAAGGAGAUGGAGAAGAAGGAUCCCAUGGGAGAGGACAAGGAGGACGAGGAGGAAGAGCAGGAAGAGGAGGAGGAAGAGAAAGAAGAUGAUGAUGAGGAGGAGGAGGAGAGGGAAGAAGAUGAUGAGGAGAAGGAGAAGGAGAAGGAGGAGGAGAAUCCUCCCCCAGCCUCCAUCAGCCGACCCCAGACUCCCCCAGACUCCCCCAGCCUCCACCAACUUCCCCCUGCUUCCCCCCAGCCUCCAUCAGCCGACCCCAGACUCCCCCAGACUCCCCCAGCCUCCACCAACUUCCCCCUGUUUCCCCAGCCUCCGCAGCCUCCAUCAGCCACCCACAGCAUCCCCCAGCCUCCACCAACUUCCCCCUGCUUCCCCCAGCCUCCCCCAGCCUCCCCCAGCCUCCCUCAGCCUCCCCCAGCCUCCCCGAUGAAAAUCAAACAAAAUAUAAUAAUAUAG